UGCUUUUUUCGCAGAAGAGAGAGCGCGCGAGCGGGGGCAGAGGACGUCCGUUAUCCGUUAAGACCCGCAGCUCUAGGUUACUGUUUAUCGCUUUACAGGAUAUCAGUAGAAAUAAAAAAAAAAUAAAAAACUUACAAACUAACUAAAAAUAGAGAGUCAAAGGUGUGAGUGAGUGUGUGAGACACCUGACCUGAGCGUUAGCUGUAGUUGUGUAGCUAGCUAAGGCAGGCAAAGGGAGAGAGUAAGAGCGAGAGAGACAGAUAAAUAGAGAGACAGACAGACAGAGACAUGGCUACGACGACCUGCACUCGGUUUACAGAUGAAUAUCAGCUUUACGAAGAGCUCGGGAAGGGAGCGUUUUCAGUGGUGAGGCGAUGUGUGAAGCUGUGCACAGGCCAAGAGUACGCUGCCAAAAUCAUCAACACCAAAAAACUAUCGGCCAGAGAUCAUCAGAAGCUCGAACGAGAGGCGAGGAUCUGUCGACUGCUUAAGCAUCCAAAUAUUGUUCGGCUUCAUGACAGCAUAUCAGAGGAAGGAUUUCACUACCUGCUGUUUGAUCUGGUGACAGGGGGAGAGCUGUUUGAAGACAUUGUCGCCAGAGAGUACUAUAGUGAGGCUGACGCCAGUCACUGCAUCCAUCAGAUUCUAGACAGUGUCAAUCACAUUCACCAACAUGACAUAGUGCACAGGGACCUGAAGCCAGAGAACCUACUCCUGGCCAGCAAGUGUAAGAACGCUGCUGUGAAGCUGGCUGAUUUCGGUCUGGCGAUCGAGGUGCAGGGAGACCAGCAGGCGUGGUUUGGAUUUGCUGGAACACCAGGGUAUCUGUCCCCUGAGGUGUUGAGGAAGGAGGCGUAUGGAAAACCUGUGGACAUUUGGGCCUGUGGUGUGAUCCUCUACAUUCUGCUGGUUGGUUAUCCUCCAUUCUGGGAUGAGGACCAGCACAAACUCUACCAGCAGAUUAAAGCUGGGGCUUAUGAUUUUCCCUCUCCAGAGUGGGACACAGUCACCCCUGAAGCCAAAAAUCUCAUCAACCAGAUGUUGACCAUUAAUCCAGCCAAGAGAAUCACAGCACAGGAGGCUCUUAAACACCCAUGGGUCUGUCAACGCUCUACAGUGGCCUCCAUGAUGCACAGACAAGAGACAGUGGAGUGCCUGAAGAAGUUCAACGCCAGGAGGAAACUCAAGGGCGCUAUCCUUACUACCAUGCUGGUGUCCCGAAACUUCUCUGUGGGUAGCAGGCAGACCACGGCUCCGGCCUCGGUCACUGCCGCCGCCGCUGCUGUCGCUGCAGCAGCAGGCACCACAGCAGGGCUGGUGGAACAAGCCAAGAGUUUGUUGAAUAAGAAGGCUGAUGUCAAGAAGAGGAAGUCAAGCUCUACCGUUCAGUACAUGCCCCAGACCAACAGCACCAAAAACAGCAUAGUCACGAGCCCCAAAGGAAACCUUCCCUCUCCUGCACUGGAAGCUCAGACCACUGUUAUACAUAAUCCAGUGAAUGGGAUUAAGGAAUCGUCUGAUAGCAGCAAUGCCACAGUGGAGGAUGAAGACAUGAAAGGAAAGAGUGUUGAAAACAGCUCAGGUCAAACCCAGUCAAACCCCAGCUUCCUGGCAGAGCACACAGUUCAGGGUCCUGCCCCUCCUGUCUUCUCCACCACCAAGCUUUCGGACCUGCUGGGUGUGGUACGCAGGGGCUCAGGCCCUGCGACUGAUGGUGAGGGGAGUGCCAGUACCCCCUCCCCUACCCCCCAAACCCCCAACAUUCCCAUGCAGAUGUCGCGUCUGACCGACCUGGUGAGCAACGUGCGCAAGAGUUCAGUCCCCCCGGCCGAUGCUGAUUCGGCUACACACAGUCGACCACCACCACCACACCAUUCCCCGAACCCUGUUCCUGCUCCAAACCCUAUUCCUCCUCCGUCCCAAAUUUCCCAGUCCUCCCUUCCUCCUCCACAACCCUCCUCCAGCCCCCUGCCCGCACUACACCCACGCAAACAGGAGAUCAUUAAAAUCACCGAACAGCUUAUCGAGGCCAUUAACAAUGGAGACUUCGAAGCUUAUGCUAAAAUUUGUGAUCCUGGUUUGACCUCGUUUGAGCCGGAGGCUCUAGGGAACCUGGUGGAGGGGAUGGACUUCCACAGAUUCUACUUUGACAACUUAUUGUCUAAGAACAGCAAGCCCAUCCACACCACCAUCUUGAAUCCUCACGUGCACCUGAUCGGCGAAGACGCCGCCUGCAUAGCCUACAUCCGCUUGACGCAGUACGUGGAUGGACAGGGCCGGCCACGCAGCAGCCAAUCGGAGGAGACGAGGGUGUGGCAUCGCCGGGACUCCAAGUGGCAGAAUGUCCAUUUCCACUGCUCGGGAGCUCCUGCCGCUCCACUGCAGUGAAGGGACAGUCUGUUGUAGCCACAUGCGAGAGGAUCGUCCAGCCAGAGAGGGAGAGAGAAAGGAAGGGAGAGGGAGGAAGGAGAAGUCCAGUGUCAGUGCCUGACCCUUCAACACUGGGCUCCGGCCUUCACCUGUCAAUCACGUCUCUGUGCAAUGUCCACCCCGCCCCCCUCCCCUCUCCCUUGUUCCCCCUCCCACUGUGUCGCCACACCAUGCCGCGUGUGUGUGUAAAUGAGCCAAGCGGGGCGGUCUCCAACUCGCUGUAACGCGUCACGUUUUCUCUCUCACUGUCUCAGUGUGAAUGCCGAGCCUGCGUGUUCACUCAUUUUUAAUAUCCGAAUUCAUAUUAAUCAUUGAUAUUAUUACUGUUGUUUAUUAAUAUGAUUACUACACAGAAGCAAUGGUGUGUCAUUUGUACAGUUCAUAUUCUGGAUGCUAAUGGUUUCUGAGUUUUCCGGGGUUUUUUUGUUGUUUUUUUUUUUUUUUUUUUAUAGAUAGCAUGACACUCGGUGUAUCCACGGUGGUUGUUUCUAUAGUAACAAAAUCAGAGUUGAAGCACAGUGUUUGGUGUGGGAUGAUUCAAAGCUCGAUCGACCACACGUGUGUGUGUGUUUGUGGGUAUGUGUGUUAGGGUAGAGCUAAACAGAGUGAUGCACAGCAAUGUGUUUGGGGUCUUCCAGUCGUUCGUUGUUCCCUUUUUCCCUCAUCAGUGAGAAAAGAACAGACAUAAUGACGGUGUCUCUUCUGAAUCAGCUCGUCUACCUGUUGUGACUUCAGGCUGAACUUUUUCUUUUUUCUUUUUGAAAUCAGACGUCGGCACGAUCGUAAAGGAAACAAGAAAUAAUAUUGCUGUGCUUACAUAUCGUUGCGUACUUAAAACUGAUCCUCAGCAGCUCUGACGCUGACUGUAGUAUCAGUAUUUAAAAAAAAGAAAAAAAAAAGCCCAUCAAAUAUUUCUUCAUACUCAGCUAAGCCAGUUACUGAACUUUAUUAAAGAUAGUAUGCGUGGGAGUUUGUGUACGUACAUCAGUAGCAUGUCAGCGCAACUCGCAUUAUAAGCCAUAAUUCAGCUAAAGGUGCUACAUAUUACUCCGGCCUGCAUCUACAGUACAUAAUCCCCGUCUUGUCCUAACAGCACAAGCAGCACAUACACGGGCUCCUUGUAUUGGCUCAAAGCUGAUGCAUGGCUAAACAAUUAAUUUUAAGUAAGGGAGGAUGUAGCAAAACCUUUUAAGGCUGUGAGUGAAGAUCUGAAUUAUAAUUUGACAGAACUUGUGUUUUUUUUUUCCCGUUGUGUUUUAAUAUCAUUUCAAAUUUUCUAGUUCAUAAAGGUUGAAUGUUUUCCUGUUAUAUUUAAUAUAAGUAUAUAUUUUAAGGUUAGGGUUAAAUAAAGUUAAGGUUAAAAAAAUAUAUAGAUCUAUAUAUACAUUUUUUUUUAAGUUUUAAAGACUUUUCUUUAAAGGAGUGUGCUUGUACUCAAAAGCAAGUUGCUACGCCAGAAGUCGAGGGAUGGUCUGAGGAUAAGAUAGGCUGCGUAUGAGGUAUCGUUAAAGUGACAAACUUAUCAAAGAGAUAUAUAUGUCAGGGAAUAUAUAUAUAUUUUUUUGUAAUAUAAGGAGUUUGAAAGUUCAAUUAUUUUACAUGAAGUGUACUUAAGACAGAUGACGUACAGUAUUUCGCGUGCGGAAGAGCCGGGCUGUACCGGCGUUAGUCGAGCUAUCGAGCUGCAGACGAGUGUGAGGGACUCAAACAAAAGAGAAAGCCUAAUUAAUGAUCAGGCGAACGGGAGAAGCUUUUUGUCCUUGAAACGAGGCUGUUUCGGAGGCUUAUUCAUCAUUUGUGUCCUCAGGUUGUAUUUAUUUAUUUAUGUAUUUAUUUAUUUAAGUAUUUUAUCACAGGUUUUUUUUGUUUGUUUUUUUUGUCAUGCUUUUUAACUUCUGUUCUUUGUACAGCUUUUUUUUUCACUCACUGUUUUACAGCAUAGUGACUAUCAGUCUUCAGUGAAUAUUAUCUUUACAGCUUCGAUGGGCACAUUUUUUUUUCUUCUUUUUUCCCCCCUCCGAAGCCCCCUUUUUAUUUUUUACAGCAAAUCAUUUAGUCCUAUUCGUGAACUGGAGCGACCCCAUAGGGCAACCAGGCUGGGUAUCUGUUUUGGCUCUAGUGCUGUGCUUCGGGCCGGAUGUAUUUCAGAGCUGAUUCUUUGUGGAUCCCCUUUGUGUCCCACUCUGGAUGGCUCAUCUCGUCUUGUCUUGACACAAAGUGAUAUGAGACUAGUAGCUACAUAUGUUUAUAUGUGUGCUAUUAAAAUUUUUAAAAGUUUCACUCCUUUACACCAGUUCACUCCUUGAAUAAAAAAAAUCUUUAAAAAAAAAUAAACAAAACAGCAUGUAAAAUGUACUAAUGUUCUCUUCUUUGUGUGUUUACCAUUGAAAAUAAUCAUGUAAAAUAAGUGAUGCACAUUAUUAUUAUUAUUAUUAAUAUUAAUAAACAGGACACAGUAUUAAAGCAGCAGUUUACUAGCAUUUUAGCCGAACUUUCUUUGCAUGACAUGUCACCUAAACACAAAGUUUGGUGUUCCUUCUCUUUCAUUUUUAAUUAUUUUCAUUUUCUAUUGAAUGCUGGUUAACUAAACUUUUCUCUUAUCUAUUUUCCAAGCUUUGUAAGUGCAUAAAAUAAAAAAAUAAUAUUUUUGUCUGGAGAUGAAGAUUAUGUAAACAAAAGGUAUACUAACACUGAUGAGAUCAAGAGUAUAAAAUGGGUGAUAAUAUUUCAAGGCAUGCUUUUGUAUUUAAGCUCCUUGUUGUCAGUGCAGGGGGCCGACACGUCUGAAUGAACAGGAACUAACCCGAGGAUUGGAUUUGAAAUUCCGCACGAAUAAUUGCUUUACUCUAAUGGAUAGACACUGAAGUAAUUAUAGCGGUGGCGCUUAAAACACUUAGACCUGCAGAGUGAACUCCCAGUUGCUCUUAUUCAUCAGGGAAGUCAAGAUUUAGACGUACCUGCUUUUACAUUGCCGGUAAGAUUCCGUAAGAGGCGAAACAGCUGAGAAUUUGAACACGACGGAGUAAUAUUACCUGCACUGACAACGUGAACACUCGACUCGGUUGUUCCAGUACAGUAUCGUUUUACUCCGUUCUGAAUUCCCCUGCCGUUCUUCCGUUUCACCUAGUCGCUCUGAAGUUGAACUCUUCACGGUAGCCCGCUGUCCGUUUUGGGUUCCUGUAUAAGAUAUUAGUCUUUUAUUUCUCAGAUUAUUCUUACUCUUAUUGUUGCUCUGUUCUCAAACUUGCUAUGUGUUACCUGACUUAAGGAAAUGUGUUCAAGUGUUCUAAAUAAAAAUGAAGAUUUAAAUACUUAA